CACCUUUCAUUUCCAUAAGCUCUUCUGCACCUCUCCUUUUGCUAUUUCUCACAGGUACCAAAAUACACAAUCUCUCUCCUUCCUUCCCUUUCUCACACGGAACAAAUGGGAUUGCCCUCUUCUGCUUCUAGAAGACAGAACAACCUUCUAUUCCUUGUAUUUAUUAUGAUCCUUUUCUUUCACUCAAUACCAGAUAAAAUCAAUCUUUGUUCCAACCAAUCUUCUGUCAGCCCAAGUGUGAUUCCAUAUAAGAGCUCCUCCAACAUCUCUUCAUUGGAAACACUAAAGCUAGAUGGCUGCUUCAGCUUUGACAAUAUCGACUACGCAGCCAAGGACUUUGGCGACAUGUAUCAUUUCCUACCAUCGGCAGUUCUACAUCCAAAAUCAGUUUCUGAUAUUUCCAACACUAUAAAGCAUAUUUUCAAAAUGGGUUCCACUUCGCAGCUAACCGUUGCUGCUAGAGGCCACAGUCAUUCCCUUCAAGGUCAGGCACAAGCUCAUCAAGGUAUAGUAAUCAACAUGGAAUCACUUCAGGGACCGGAGAUGCAAGUUCACACUGGAGAGCUGCCUUAUGUGGAUGCAUCAGGGAGUGAGCUGUGGAUUAAUAUCCUACAUGAGACACUUAAAUACGGGCUUGCACCAAAGUCUUGGACGGACUACCUUCAUCUCACCGUUGGAGGCACCUUAUCAAAUGCCGGAAUUAGUGGACAGGCAUUCAAACAUGGACCACAGAUUAACAACAUUUACCAAUUGGAGGUUGUCACAGGCAAGGGAGAAGUAGUUACCUGUUCAGAGAAGCAGAACGCAGAUCUCUUUUAUGGUGUUCUUGGAGGGCUCGGGCAGUUUGGCAUAAUCACUAGAGCGAGAAUAUCUCUUGAACCGGCACCAAAGACGGUGAAAUGGAUCAGAGCACUGUAUGACGAAUUCUCUAAAUUUUCCAAGGACCAAGAACAUUUAAUAUCCAAGAAUUCCUUCGACUACAUCGAAGGGCUUGUAAUAAUAAACAGAACCGGUCUUCUCAAUAACUGGAGAUCCUCCUUCAAACCAAAAGACCCUCUUCAAGCCAGUCAAUUUAUUUCGGAAGGAAAAACUCUUUACUGUCUCGAAAUUGCCAAAUACUUCAACCCAAACGAGUCUGAUGCUAUGAAUCAGGAAACUGAGAGCCUAUUGUCAGAUCUGAGUUACAUUCCAUCCACACUCUUUCUGUCAGAAGUUUCUUAUGUGGAAUUCCUGGACAGAGUCCAUCAGUCUGAAAUCAAACUCCAAGCAAAAGGUUUAUGGGAGAUUCCACACCCAUGGCUGAAUCUUCUAAUCCCAAAAAACAAAAUUUUUGAAUUUGCUCAAGAGGUCUUUGGAAAUAUUCUUACAGACAGCAGCAAUGGUCCCAUCCUCAUCUAUCCGGUCAAUAAGUCCAAGUGGGAUAACCGAACAUCCUUAAUCACCCCAGAAGAAGAUACUUUCUACCUAGUGGCGUUCUUAUCCUCUGCGAUGCCAUCUUCCACGGGACGAGAUGGCUUGUUUCACAUUUUAGCUCAAAACCAAAGAAUUCUAGGUUUCUGUUCCUCGACUAGUCUUGGGGCCAAGCAAUAUUUGCCUCAUUACAGCACCCAGGAAGAAUGGCAAGCUCAUUUUGGUCCGAAGUGGGAAGUUUUUGUACUAAGGAAAUCAACUUAUGACCCAAUGGCAAUCCUAGCUCCUGGCCACCGAAUCUUCAGAAGGAAAUAGCAUCCACAUGAUGCUGGCCUCUCGUUCAAGAUAAAUAUCAGGAAAAGGAGGUUUUCCUUAAGGCAAAUAUGGACCCAUAAUGCCUACGACUGUAAAUUACUAAUAUUACAAGCUAUGAUAGGAAGUUGGGUUUCCAUGAUAAUAGUCAGCAUAAUUGAGAGCAAGAGUCAGCAGGUUAAGUAACUUUUUUUGUUAAAAACAUGAAGAUUUUAAGGAGGUAAUUCUGUAGAGAGGGCUUCUAGUAUUAAGUCAGGAUGAUUCUAAACAUAUCAUGAAAUUAAAUUUCUUUUAUUUCUUCGAGCAAGGCGAAAGCAUCUGUCUCUAACACAUUCAUGCCAAAUUAUGCAUACAGAAACAUGAAAUUGAUAAUUUAUCCAAACCACUGAGUUACAUGUUAAGCACACCACAACAUGUCAGAGGCCA